AAGGUUAUUCUUAACAACAAGUACCAGCUUGAGAAGCGGAUUGGCUCCGGAUCGUACGGAGUGGUAUACUCUGCACGCCACCUCUUCACGGGGAAGAUGUACGCCAUCAAGAUCAUCUUGAAGAACCAGUCUGUCCACGGCAACAAGAAGCUGCUCGAGCUGAUGGAGGCCCAGAUCCUCGACAUGGCCCUCGCGAACGGCGGCAACCUUGCUGCCAACCUGCUCAGUCUCGAGAUGAUCGAGCAGAACGGCACGCAUUGCAAAAUCCUCAAGGAGAUCAGUCUGCAGCUCAAAGUGCACAAACACCCCAACAUCCUGUCGCUGUACAAAGUGUACGACCUCAAGCCGGCGAUUUUUGUCGUUAUGGACUACUAUCCGGACGGAGACCUGUUCAACACGAUUGUCGAAAAACAGCGCUACAAAAACGACCCGUUCCUCAUCAAGAGAGUAUUUCUGCAGCUCGUCGACGCCAUCACGUACUGUCACUCGAAAAACGUCUACCACUGCGACCUCAAGCCAGAAAACAUCCUCGUCGCCGAUAACGGCACCAAAUUGAUCCUCGCCGAUUUCGGUCUGGCACUCCAGGAUCACCACAUCGAGUCCAACAUCUGCUGCGGCUCCAGCUACUACAUGUCGCCCGAACGCAUCCAAAACUUCUGCCAGGGCUUCGACUCCAAAGACGCGCACUCAAUCCACCUCGAACGCUUGCUCCAGCCCUCCUCAGAGGGCCUGCACGAAAACGUGCAGUUCCCCACCAGCGCCGGCGAUGUGUGGUCGCUGGCCAUCAUUCUAAUUAAUCUCGUCACCAUCAGAAACCCCUGGCUUAAGGCCUCGCUCCAGGACACCACGUUCAAGGCGUUCGUCAAGGACCCUACCGUGCUGAUGCGCAUCCUGCCCAUCUCGGGGGAACUGUUCCACAUCCUCUGCAAGUACCUGCGGCUCAAUCCGUGGGAGCGGGGGGACCUGUUCGAGUUCCGCCAGGACGUGCUCACAUGCUCGCGCUUCGCCGACUCCGGUCCACUCUCCAUCGACUCCAGAAUCGACCCUGCCGACCAGUGGCAGUACUCGUGUCAGGUGCCUGUUGAUCACGUGCAGCUCGACAAGAUCAAGAGCAGAGAACGCGCCGUGCCCGAAGAACACGAAACAGACCACAUAAUAGAUCUUCCGCUGCCGAGAAACCACGGACAGUGCGGCAACUGCGCAGACUGCGGCUAUGGCUUGCGUUCCACGCCGCAGCCCGGCGUGUUCAACCGUUUGUUCCACCGCAAGGUGUCAGACGAGCCGCGCUCCGGCGCUGAAAACGACAACAUCCGUGUCAUGAUCCACGGCGUCGACUCCGACGCGUCGAGCGUCUCGAGUCUCAGCAUGGCCAGGUAUGGCGCACAGCGCGGCCCAAUGCGGAGACAAUUAGCCCGUGCCGGUAACAAAACCAAGCUGGUAGGGGGUGUGCUCUUGCUCUUAUUUCUGUGGGUUUUCUAUGGCCGCAAAAGCCGAGGGGCGCAAGAGCCCGCGCAGGAACUAAAUGACGUGCAAAGUUUGAUCCAAGAGCGAGAGAUCCGCCGCGAGAACAUCCAGUACCUUAAUUUCCGCAAGCCAUUCGUCAACCCGGCCACUCUGUCAUUGAUAAACUACGACAAUGGCGGCAACAUGGUGAUGAAAAAAGACUCUGACUAUGUGCGUCUUGUGUCCGAGCGGCCUAAUUCCGUCGGGUACGUUUUUUCGCGGCUGCCGAUCUCACUUCAGGACUCCGACUCGUUUGAGGCGAUUGUCGACUUCAAGAUCCAUGGCCAGCAGACGCGGAUCUCGCUGAUUGGGGACGGCAUGGCGUUCUGGCUCACGAGCCAGCCGCUGAGCCAGGGCGACAUGUUUGGCAUGCAGGACGACUACCAGGGGCUUGCGGUGAUUUUGGACACCUUCAAGAACACGCCGGGCAAGAUGCGCGGCAACAGGGGCGCCAACAGCUUCCCACGGGUUUCGAUUCAGAGCAACAAUGGGUUUGCGGGCAAGUACAACAAGGACGACGACGGUACAGCGACGGAGAUCGGCAGCUGUGCGUUGCACAGGGCGUACAACACACGCAUGAGCGCGCCAUCGCGAAUGCGAGUGCGGUAUAUCCGGUCGUCGGGGUAUUUUAGCGUGGAAUUCGAUAUUCUGGGCAACGACAACUGGAAAACCUGUUUCAGCACAACAGAGCUUGCUGCGUCGCUCGUCCCAGAGACGCCUUAUAUGGGGGUCAGUGCAGAGACUGGCGAGCUGUUCCACAACGUUGAUCUGUACGGCAUAGAGGUGAACUCGCUGAAGGACUCUGCUGGUCGUCCUGUGCAGUCGAUCGACGCGCUCAUCGACCGGCUCGACGACAGAAUCGACGCAGAGUCAAAGCAGAACGAGGCCAGGAAACGGCACCGGCGGUACAACAAGCCGAAGAAGACCAAGGGCAGACGCUCCGCGAGCCGGCUCAGACGGUCCGAGGAGCGCGCCAAACGGCUAAACAAGGAGGUGUACAACGACGAGCGGGGGGCCAUUGGUUACUUCUUCAACCUUCUGUGGCGUCUGUUCACGUACACUCUGUACACAGCCAUGGCUGUUGUUCUGGCAUAUAUUGGUCUUCUGGGCUAUCGCGUUUACCGUGACAAGCGCAAAAGACGCAACCAGCGGGGAUUACUCACGUUGCACGGAGUGCAUGCCAUAGCGUCGAAGCUGACGCCUCCGGACGCGGUGCACAAUUACCAGAAGGCCAAGACGCUGGCUGAUUCGAACCGCACGGGGUUGCGCGAAAUUGCCACGUCUCAGUUCAAGAUCUUCAUGAACCAGACCGUCACCGGCAUCAAGAUCAUCGUGUUUGCGUCGCCGGACAUGGACGAGACCAAAUUCGCCGCCGUUUACGACAAGAUCUACGAACACUACUGCAAUUACGUCCUCAAGAACCCAUUCUACCAGCUGGACAUGCCCAUCCGAUGCCAGCUAUUCGACAUGCACCUAAACUCGGUGGUGGCCGGCUGCAAUGUGUAG